AGAAGCGGGCGGAGUGGAAGCUUGUUUUCAUUGUGAGUCUUGGUGUGCGGGCGCUGUACGCUGCGGUGUUAAAUUGAGACGAGAAAGGGUAUUUGAUGGUAACACAAUUUUUUAUACAUGAAGGCAGACUUAGAACUUGUAUGUUUACAGCAGUACAUGAAGGUUGCUCGUCCCCGCUCCAGAAAUUGGUUGAGCCACCAAUGCGCCGUGUACCAACUUCGUUCUCAAGGGUACGAUGUUGCCGCACCAUGUUAGUUUAUGCCUUGCGCCAUCUCAGCGAAAGAUGGGAACUUGGGGGGGUGGGCUUUCAACCCUACGCACGCGCACUGUGAGGUGCACCCGCAAUUUGCGAUGUGUUUGCACUGUUUUCGUCAGACAUGUCAGAAGAAUUUUUGAGAGGGUGCAAGCGGUAAAACUACCGAAAACGAGCACAGUAUGUCUUUUCUGUACUUUGCCUAUGGCAGCAAUCUCCUGCGGGAAAGGAUCCACAUCAGUAACCCGUCAGCAGUUUUCGUCGCAGCUGCCAAAUUAAAUAAUUACAGGUUGGGGUUCUGCAUCAAACCGGAAUGGAAGGAAAACUUAACACGGUGGAGAGGUGGGGCAGGGACCAUUGUCAAAUCAGAGGGGGACUCUGUGUGGGGCGUGGUCUGGAAACUUGACUCCACAGACCUGGAGAGUCUUGAUAAGCAGGAGGGUGUGCAUGAGGGCGUGUAUCGUCGCCUAGAACACCUCCAAGUCACCGCAGCAACGAGCCAGUCCAUUCUGGAGUGCAUCAGUUACCAGUUCAAAGACCCCUUCUUCGUCAAGCCCUCGCCUUACUACCUAAAGGUGAUAAAGAUGGGCGCCCUACAAAAUAACUUACCCGAAGAGUACCGGCGAUAUCUGGACUCCAUCGAAGAUAACGGGUACAGUGGGCCAUUACCAGUCUUUGAUGAAAUCAUGAGGAAUGUGAAGCUUUAACCCCAGUACAUCUUCCCAGAUUCUUCAAACUUCACCAAGGUUUGCCUGAUUUUGUUGGAUUGAGGAUAGUCAAUUGCUGUCAUUGGUUUGUCUUCGUGGUGGAGCAAUUUUGAGGACCCAGGAAGGACCAUUGAAUAAAAGAAAUGCCGGAGACGUAAGGUUUAACAGGUUUAACCUUUUAGUAACUUCAGGCUUUUGAGAAGAGGGGUGUCCAAAACAUCCAGGGUUUUUUUCCAUGAUAUUUAUCCCACAGUAGGUGAUAUACUCUAGCUAAAAAUAUUCUUAUUUUUCAAAAAUUUUAAACUCUUUUUAAAGGCUUUGAUCUCAAAAUUAUUUAUAAGAGUUUUAAUGGGACCAAAAGACCAAUAUUUGCACACUAGCCUGUGAUUUGAUUUUGUUGUAGUCAAGCACUGUGGCUGGCAGUGUUAUUCAAGUUCCCCAGGUGUAAGAAGCAAGUCAUUAAGCCUUCUAGCUCAGCUGUGUUAACCAAGCCAGAUACCACCCAUCCUCAUGGAGACCACUUAGGAGUUGUUUUUUUUUUCAAAACAAAGAAAAUGAUUCAUUCCUGUUGGUUGGCAGUGUGCAUGUACUGCAUUGAACUUCAAUGAUGUGGAUAAUACAGCUAUUGGCAUCAGGGUAGAGUAAUCCCGCAAGCACAGUUGGCACCAUGCCAAGUUUUUCAAAUGUGCUGGUUAAUACUCCAGAUUAGCGCUGACAUCCUAUGCAAGGUUCCAGCAUUAAUCAGCAUAAUCAAACAGGUGGGUGUGUGCCUACAUGUACAUGUAGGGUAGGGAAGGGCCUAUGCAUUGGCUGUCAUUGGCAUUCUGUUAACGGUUUAAUCGUUGAACAACUCUUGGAGAUUUGCUGGACAUUAAAAAAAGGACACUGUUUGAUUUGGGUGAACUCUGUUGGAUUCACUAUUGGAUACUUUUCUUUUACCUAAGUGAAACAGGGCCCUCCUGCAUUUCUCAAACAGGCUGUUUUGAAAACCAAGUUUUACAGAGAAGUGCUGUGAAUAACAGCAUGCAUAUUGGAAUUCGAAAUGAGGUUUUUUUUUUAAAGUAGUGGGCUACUGUAGGGCAAUGCUGUUUGAAGGCAAAAGAGUGCAUCCUCUCUUUGAGAAAUAUCAUUGGCUAUCGAUUUUUUAAAAGUGAUAUGAAAUAAGCAAGCACAAGUUUAAACUGUGCAAUACAUUCCACAAAGUUGUAGAUUUAUAUUCACUUUUGAUUCAUCAUAUUUUGGACAUGAUAAUGUAUAUAAAUUCAAAAGGGCAUUUUACUAUGCUCUUCUCUUUGGUGUUCCAAUUUUAUUAAAUUAUCAACUCUA